AUGUCUCGUCUCCACAAUCUCACUAUUCUUGUGAUCUCUAUCUUCUCGUUCCUUGUCCCUGUUAUGGGAAAUACUUUGCAAUUCCUGUCUCAAGACACCAAAGAACGCACCGUCUUCUUCACCCCGAAUGCUGGCUCUGCUGAAGUUCCAAGUUUCUUUGUUCCGGCGAGUUCUGUGGAUGGAAAUGCAGUUGUUCACUUUCCUCAAGGCUGGAGCGGCUCCUUCAAAGCUGUUCUUUCAGGAGAAAGCCCAGACGUUCCCAAAGUCACUGGUGAAAUUACAUUCCAGGGCUGGCAAGGAGAAACUUACUAUACUGUUUCUGCUGUUCAGAAUUGUUGCGAUAACUCGGGCAUUCGAUCUCUAGCGUCUCAAUUUACCAGCCCUAUAUCUGGUUGCAUUGAAGCACCGUUUCCCUGUACUGCUUCGUACUCCAGACCUGGUGAUAUUCAAGUCAAGAGCUCCCCGGAUAUAGAUUUUAUGUGUAUUUUAGGUGAAUUCUAG